AUGGAAGAGUUAUUAAAGGAAUUAGAAGAUGAAGGUUUUGAAGUUGUGGUUGGAUGGAAAGAGGAAGAAAGAAAAAAAACUAUGAGUGAAGAAAUGAAAAAAUUAAAAGAGAGUAAUGAUGAGAAAAAGAUUAAAUUAGCAAAAAGAUUAGCUAGGUAUUAUGGUAUUUUUCAUAAUAUUGGUUAUAUAACAACAAAUCCUGAUUUUCCUUUUGAAGAAGAUAAGUAUGGGUUGCAUUAUGUUUAUUGUUAUUUAGAGAAUUUUGUUGAUACAGCUAAAAUAAGUAUUACUGGUGUUAUUAAAGCUCUUGCGGAUGAUGAGCAACUAGAUCCUUUUUGUAAAUAUCUCAUGUUUACUCAUAUGUAUAUUCCAGAGCAAGUAAAAGAAAUUGAACAUGAAGAAAUAUAUAAAAGGGAAAAAAAGUUUAAAGAAGAUGAAUUACCUGGUGUUAGGAUAUUAUGA